AUGAUCAGUCAUCCCAAAUCUUCCUCUCCUACGUCAAUGUCUUUAUCUUCACGGCCACUACGACCGGCAACGCUACCAUCAGAGCAUUCGCCACUGUCUCAGCCCUCGCCAGAUUUGACGCCGGCGGCGAGCUUCGUUCAAGAGUCGAAACGACGAACAAAAAUCUCCUCUGCCUGCCAGUCCUGCAGGAAAGCGCGGCGUAAGUGUGAUGGCUGCCAACCAUGUAAACAUUGUCUAGGUUCUAAUCAGGAGUGUCUCUACCGCACCACCGACCACCGGACUAGGAAAUAUCGGCAGAACUUGGAGGCAGAGCGCGAUAAGUCAAAAACAGAGUUGGAGAGGCUUCUCCACGCCAUCCGCACGUCUUCUGAAUGGGAAGCGGUAGAGAUCCUGCGGUCUUUGCGCUCUGGAUCUGACGUCUCCACCGCGCUCAAGUGUAGCGAGGGAGUUGUUGCUCAACCGGCUGCGAUCUCCAGGCAACACAUGGAAAAGGUAUACGACUUGCCACAAUCUAAAGACCCGUCUUCUGUACUCUCCCUGUACGGUAUCCUGCAGCCUUUCGACCAAGCCACGACUGUUUUCAGUUUCAGUGGGCGAAAUUCAGUUCAAUGGACCACGGUAACUCAAAAUCCUGAGAUCAUUAGCUAUCUGCUGAACCUGUACUUCACCUACCAUCACCCUAUUUGCCCGGUCAUUCCUGAACCAUUAAUUCGAGCCGAUAUGACCUCUGGAAGAAUGAAAUAUUGCUCGCCUGUGCUAAUCAACGCCGUACUCGCUGUUGCCUGCACGUUUCUAGGCUUGCAAGACGACGUCAAGAGCAGCAACGAUCCCUGGCCGUCUGCAAAAGCCUUUUCCAUUGAAGCCGAACGACUGUUAUCAGAACAACCCGAACCGAGUUUGACUGCCGUAGCAGCACUGAGCCUUCUCACAAUGGUUGAGAUCCUGAACCUUCGCUUUCAGCUGGCCUGCAAGCUUUCGGCUCGAGCUUCGUGCAUGGCGCUCUUUCUGGGUCUUCACAUGGGAAGACUGAGCGAGAAGGAGCAAGUCAUGGCCGGCGCAAACGAAUGGACCCUUGCUGCUGUGCAGCAGCAGCUGUUCUGGGUCUGUUUCCAAGUUGAUCAGAUGGCUUCAAACAACGCGGGCUGCCUACCUCAAAUCGUCGUCGAUGAUAUUGAGAUAAAACUCCCGAGUAUCGACACCGUUUCCGCAACGGGGCCCCGGAACCCCUUAACGACCCUGGCGCCGUUUUUGAAUUGCGGUGACCGCAGCGGGUCUUGGGUCUAUCUCGCGGAUCUUGCCAAGAUUGUGCAAAUGACCCUGCUCCAGCCGAGACCUUCUUUUCAUCACAAGGAUAUCGAUAUCGGGCAUUGGGAGUCCAGGUACCAGGCCUGGUACAGCAACUUACCAGCUUCACUCGCCGUCAGUGACACGGCUUCAGCAUACGUAAUAUCAAUCCACAUGUGGUAUCAUGGCUGCAUGAUACAAUCAUUUCGACAGAUUGUGGUCCUUGGCCGAGCCAGCCUUAGGGACACGGCUCUCCAGAUCUGUCGCCAUUCUGCCAAGACGAUUACUGACCUCUUCAGCCGCUAUCGCAGUCUUCACGGCCUGAGGGGUAUCAACGCCAUAAUGUGUCAAGCCAUGCUUGACGCUUAUCGCACACAUCUCGAUUGUUUUGUGUCGGCCGUAAAGGACCUGUUGAUCGUGGUAGAAGCCUUUCAAGACCUUUGUAAACGACAGCAAUGGGCUCGGGCGUGGCUCGCGAGACUCGAAUCCCAGACCGUCCGAUCGCCGAUUGCAAAAUCCGCUGCGAUAGUUGAGGCCUUGUUUGGAAAGCAUGAGACCAUAUCGGAUGUCGUCGCCGUCCCAGAAUGCUCCUCAAGUGUGACUCUUGCGGUCAGUCACAAACCUGCAGCUACAAACAUGGACAACAAUAUGAGUGACGCGCGACCGGACGUCGACAAGCCCGCAUCAGUACGACCGCAUCGCUGGAAAGACGACUAUUUCUUCUCGCCUUUUACCUGA